AUGACAACUGUUGCUUGUACUCAAGGAGAGGAUGUUGUUACACUGACAGUUCCAAAAGCUGCUUAUGAGACAGGCCACGAGCGCUACACACAUCCGAUAGUUCAAUAUCCUUCAGGUUGGGUCGGGGAGCAUCAGGCAGACGCUGGUGGCAAUAGUUAUCCAGGGGGACAACCUACAGCAAGCUCACAGGAUGUUUCCCAACCCGGCUCCACAAACGGCAAACCGAAAGCUCUCACUCUAGCCACAGGGUUACGAGAUGGCUCUCAUCCUAGCUACAAGACGUACCAGCCCGCGGCCCCUACUUCAGCUGCAGGAUCCAAUGAUGAUCAUCGUCAACCAGGGCAAGGAAACCCACAUCUGUCCGUUCCAGCUGAUGGCUCACCAGAGUCCAACAGCAAAACCCAGAUGAAUCCUUCUCAGCCAUCAUCUCCAAAGAGCCUGACAACAGAGACAAGCCCUGUACCCACACCUCAACUCAAUACUUCAGCAAUUCCUUCCCAACCAUCGACUCUUCACCAGGGCCAAGUUCCUUCGGAGUCUAAGGAGGCACCCCAUGCUACGUCAAUGGAUGUUUCAGAAGCUCACAGUUAUGAGCUCUCAUCGUGGAUUACGAUGAGCGCGAUAGUCGGAGUGGUUUUGCUGUUGUAA